GCGGGGCAGGGCGGGGGGAUCCGUGAGGCGAUCCCGUGAGGCGGCGGGGCGGCAUGGAGGGUCGGCUGCCCUACGAUGACUUCCCGGUGGUUUUCCUGCCGCCUUACGAGAGCCCGCCCGCCUGGGUGCCGCCGCAUGAGAGGGUGUACCACCCCGACUACAACAACGAGCUCACGCAGUUCCUGCCCCGCACCAUCAUCCUGAAGAAGCCGCCCGGGGCGCAGUUGGGCUUCAACAUCCGGGGAGGAAAAGCCUCGCAGCUGGGGAUCUUCAUCUCUAAGGUGAUCCCAGACUCGGAUGCCCACAGAGCUGGGCUGCAGGAAGGGGACCAGGUGCUCUCAGUGAAUGAUGUGGAUUUCCAGGACAUCGAGCACAGCAAGGCUGUGGAGAUCCUGAAGACAGCCCGUGAAAUCACCAUGCGUGUGCGUUACUUCCCCUACAAUUACCAGAGACAGAAGGAAAGAACGGUUCACUAGCAGGCGGCUGUCUGCGGGUCUGCAGAGUGGCCAUCCUGCAAACAGCUCUCUGCUACUUUUCCUCAACAUCCGAGAUGACACACGAAGUUUUAGCUGUCACUGGAGGUACAACUGUCCUGUCGGCUGCACAGGCAUCGGCUCUGCUUCCUUCGUGGAGGGACGCCAACAGUCUUAUUUAGCUGGAAGAUGGAUGGGGCUUUCGUCUGUACUCCCUGUACUGGGUGUUGAAACAAGCUGAUGGUGGUGCUGUGGAAGUGGGUACCAGAGGGCAGAUCCUCCAGCAAGAUCUGGGCUCCUCUUCUAGCAGGACUUGAUUUAAAGGAGUGCUCAGCUGGUUGUGGAUCCAAGCCUUGUCACUAGAUGUAAGGCCAAGCCGGUCAGAGCGUGCUUGAGCAGAGCGUGGCCUUUGUCCUCCAGGAGAUCCACCUGUUCACUUCUCUGGUGACAUGAAAUUCUUUCCUUCUCCACUCUCCUACCUCUGCCCUACACUACGGGGUUUGCCUGGGACUCAAGGAGCAGGAGUAAACUCCACUCAAACUCGGUGCACACCUCUAGCUGCACUAGUCUGCCAAGGCAUGUUUGUACCUCUUUGCCGCUUAACGCCCCCAACGAUACAGGACUGAGACGCUCGGAGCGCGUUUCCAAACUGCUGUGGGUGCUUGGCCGGGUUCCCUCAGGCGUGGUGCUUGUGCGGGUAAAGGUUUCGCUUGCUGAGCUUGCUUCCUGCGCUUGGCCCCAUCACGUGCUCCCAUCACAGCUCCCCGCCACUUCCAGGUAAACUUCUCCCCUUCCCUGUUGUCCAGAGAGAGGCGAGGAAGCUGCUGUGCCCCGCACUGGGAGAGGGCAGGGGAAAACAUGCUUGUUACCAGCAAACCGGGGGGCAAAUGCGUGGUUCUGUCACAUUGUAAAUGGCAUCAGGACAGCCCUAGCUCUGGCCUUCUGUGCGGUGUUUUCUGCUUGUCUGUAGUAACUGAAUAAAAAUAAAACGAGUACAGCAA